UCGGAUAACGAGGUGGCAUGGAUGCUGAAGAAUUCCGUAAAUAUGGACGAAAAAUGGUUGACUAUAUUGCGGAUUACAUGGAAAACAUUCGUGAACGUGAUGUAGUACACAAAGUUACCCCAGGUUACCUAAAGAAGCUACUUCCAAGCGAGGCUCCAGAGAACCCGGAAGACUUUGAAGAAGUGUUCAAAGACAUUGAAAAAUUUAUAAUGCCGGGGGUAACUCACUGGCACAGUCCGUAUUUUCAUGGCUAUUUUGCUGCAGGAAACACGUAUCCAUCCAUAUUAGGAGACAUGCUUUCAGACGCUAUUGGUUGUAUAGGAUUUUCAUGGGCUACAAGUCCUGCAUGUACCGAACUGGAAGUUAUCACCACGGACUGGUUGGGGAAGAUGUUAGCACUUCCAGAAGAAUUUUUACAUUGUGGACCAGGCGAUGGCGGUGGCGUUAUCCAGUCCACAGCCAGCGAGACCGUUUUCCUGUGUUUGUUAGCAGCCCGAAAUAAAAUUGUCGAUAAAAUAAAGAAAGAGAAACCUGACUUAGAAGACAAAGAAAUACUUUCCAAACUCGUUGCAUACUGUACUGAUCAGGCGAACUCCUCCGUUCAUCGGUCAGCUCUUUUGGGUGCUGUUAAAAUGCACAAAUUAGACAGCGAUUCGAAUUUCAGCCUUCGAGGUGACACUUUAAGGAAGGCAGUCGAAAACGACAAGAAAGAAGGAUUAAUUCCCUUUUUCCUCUGUGCGUCACUUGGGACAACUGGAACAUGCGCAUUUGAUAAUAUCGAGGAGUUGGGACCUAUAUGCGAGAAAGAAGAUAUAUGGAUGCAUAUUGACGCAGCAUAUGCCGGGAGUGCUUUUGUUUGUCCGGAGUAUCGGAAAUACAUGAAGGGGAUAGAGUACGCAGAGACGUUCAGUGUUAACCCACACAAAUGGAUGCUUAUCAACUUCGAUUUGUCCGUAAUGUGGAUCAAGAAUAGUUUGUAUCUGGUAGACGCUUUUAAUGUAGAUCCUAUAUAUCUUCGACACACUAACGAAGGAAAAGUUCCAGAUUACAGGCACUGGCAAAUCCCACUUGGUAGACGCUUCCGGUCGUUAAAACUGUGGUUUAUGCUGCGGUCGUACGGUGUUAGUGGAGUUCAGAAGUACAUUCGAAAGCAUUGUCAGUUGGCAAAAGAUUUCGAAAAGCUGAUUUUGGACGAUGGUCGAUUCGAGAUAACCUCCGAAACAGUCAUGGGACUAGUGUGCUUCAGACUUAAGAAAGGAAACAAAGUAACAGAGAAACUGCUUAGUGAGAUCUUGGACGACGGAAGAAUUUACAUGAUUCCAGCUUUCAGCAGAGACACAUACUUUCUUCGACUGGCAGUGGUAGCGGAGAGAACCACUUCUGACGACAUCCGGUACUCUUACGAAGUCAUCAGGACCUGCGCUGACAAAGUUCUGCAGCAUUCAGAGGAGAUUACAGCAGACGAACCUGUGGUAGUAGACAUUGACCUCUCAAGGAAAAAGAACAUUCUUGGCGUUAAUGCUGAUACCAACAGUGCCAACCAUGUCAAUGGACACACGACGUGAAUCCAGACGGUUCAAUUUUGUUAAAAGCAUUCUAAUAAUUUGCAGCUCCUCUUGUCGACCAAAACUAAUUAUAAUUGAGUAUGCACAUUGUUUAUCUUGACUACUGUA